AUGGAUAAUUGUACUGAAAUAGAACUUCCCAAGCAAAUUUUUAAAUAUCAGGAAAGUCCGAGUUAUUGUCCAAAUUUUGUACCAGAAUGCACAAAUAAAAAUAUUGUUUCUUGUAAAGCACAACAGUUUUUGAAUGAAAUUGAGGAAUAUUAUUCAAAAGAUCAAAAUAAUCCUAAAUUGUUGGAAAAAUCAAAAAUUAUUAUUCAUUCUUUAAUCGAGGAAAAUAAAUUACAAAUUUCAGCAAUAAAACAUCAUAAAGAAAAAUUUGAAUGUUGUUUUGAAAAAUUAAAAGAAGAAAAAGAAAUGUCCAAAAAUAAAGACUCUGAGUUAUAUAGAAUGAAAAAAGAUUUAUCUUUUCUGUCAGACGAACUAAAUGAAAUCAAUAAGCAUAAUAAUUUUUUGAGUUGUAAUAUUGACAAAGUUUCAAAGGAUUUGAUAUCUAAAACAAUAAAACAUAAAGAGUUGUUGAAAAAAUCAGAUGAGUUAAAUGAAGAAUUAAACAACGUAAAAUACAGUUUAAACUUGAGAAUUGACGAAAAUAAAUGUAUUAAAAGAGAGCUUAGUGAAAAAAUUCAAAUUAUCGAAGCUGGAAUAAUAAUUAAGCAAGAGUUGGAAUUUAAAUUAUACAAUUUGGAAAAAAAAUUAGAAGAAUCAAAAAAGUUAUAUGAUUGUUGUAAUAAUAAAUACAACGAUUUGAUCUUAUUAAAUUCUAAAAUUGAAAAUAAUUUACAAAAUGAAAAAAAUUAUAACUGUAAAAAAGCUAUUUAUAUUGAUGAUUUGAGCAAAAAAAUACAUAGUUUAGAAAUUAUAAUAACAGGUAUUGAAGAUCAAAAAGUGUUGUAUUCAGAGGAAAUUUCCAAGCUUAAAAAUGAUAAAUGUGAAGCAGAAUUAAAACUAAACGAAUUAAACAGUAUAAAAAAAAAACAAAAUAACGAAUUAGCUAUUACCAAAUCUGAACUAGCUUAUACUACAGAAUCUCUAAUAAAUAAAAACAACUCCCAGAUUAAAAAAAAUGAACAAUUACAGCAUAACAUUGAAAACCUUGAAAAAGAAGUACAGAGUUAUAAAGUUCAACAUGAUAUUUUAACAAAUCAAUGUAUAUUAAGCCAUAAAGAUUUAAAAGAAUCACAAAAUAUAAUUCAAGUGUUGGAGACUAAAAUUAACGAAAUUGUGAGAGAAAAUAAAAUGACACUCGAUGAAUUAUCUCAAGAAUGUGAUUUACUGAGAAGUGAAAACUGUGAAUUCUUGAAAAAAAUCAAUGAAUUAAAUGAACAAAUAAUAUGUGUAAAUAAAGAAGAAAAUCAUGUGCGAAAAGAGUUAGCUGCGUGCAACGAGAAACUUUCGAUUGCGAACGAUGAAAUCAGUUAUUAUGAUUUAGAGAUAAAAUGUAUGAACACGAAAUUGGAAAUAACGACUGACAAACUGACUUGUACUGAACGAGAACUAGAAGAAAUAAAGUUGAAACUAAAUAAUGAAACGCAUAUGAAAGAUAAAAUGAAUGAAAAAUAUUGUAGUAUAAAUUAUGAUUAUUCAUGUACUCAAAAAAAGUGUCAGUCUGCCGAUAAUAACAGACUCAGUAAUGAAAAUUUGAUGUCAUGUAAGAUUGCAAGAAAUGUUAACAAUGGUGAACAGACAAUAAAUUUGAAACUAGUUGACGCUGGUUCACAGACACAUGUGUGUCCGAUCAUAUGUCAGCCUAUAACAUCAACAAGUUUUGACUCAACAUUUAAUUCCAAUAAUUCCAAUCCGUGCAAAUUUAAACAGUGUGACAACUGUAAUAUUUGUAUUAGUUCAUAUGAUUCUGAUAAAAUUAACAACAACCCAUGCCAGAUGGAUAACAAGAAGUUAUCUCUUAUUAAUGCUUCUGAUAACUGUUCUUGUUUUGUUAAAUCAAAAAUCUCAACAAAAAGUUUUGGUUUUUUAUUCGACAAAGAAAAUCUUCAACGCCAACUGAACGAAAUGAAACUUUUAUUCCAAAAAAGAGAAGAGGCAGCAAGGAAAGAAUUAUGUGACACAGAACAGACUCAUUGCAAUAAGGAUAUGAUAAGUAACAAAUAUCUGGAUGACACAAAGAAACAAUACCAACUACAAUUGGAUGAAGCUAACGCUCAAUUAGAAACGUAUGAAACGAUAAUUCUGUAUAAAGAUUAUGAAUUGAAAAACUUUCAAAUACGAGAACAUCAAUUCAAAAAGGAAAUAGAGAAACUUAAUGAAACAAUACAGUUAAAAGAUAAAAAAAUCGAAUCUGAACAAAAACUAGUAGUUUCUGUACGUAAUAGUAUGAAAGAUUAUGAAGAAAAAUUACAAAGUCUUCAAAAACCACCGGAAUUAGAAAAAAUAAACAAACAUUCGUCUGAUGGAAAUAUUCAAUUACUCACUCCACGUGAAAUAUUUGAGUUGGACAAUAAAUUAGAAACAUCUCAAUCAUUAACGAAAAAAAAACGAAUUUCGACAAAGCGAAAUGUUAAUAAAAGUGCUUGCACAUUGAAAAAGUCUAAAACUUUAGCCAAAAUGAAAAAACAUAAAUAUGGACCCAAAUUGUAUUUACCUUGUUGUAUUGGAUCAACAAAUCCUUGUAAUAGACAAAAAAUGGUAAACCUAUCAUACCAGAAAUAUUUAAAAGCUGGUUAUGGAGUUUUGAGAUGCAAUUCGGAAAAGUCAUUUGGAGAAGUGGCGUUGAAAAAUAUCAAAGUGAUAAAAACGGAGUUGUGA